UGUAGAUUGCACAAGUGUAUUCACAUCCAAGAAGGAGACGUUUUCACAGAGCAACACUGAGCAGGAACAGUUUCUUUCAAAUGGGAUGAAAGUGACACUUGCAGCCUGUGCAACUUCAGAAUGAGAAAAAGGAGAAAGACGUGAGUUCCAUCCUGGAGCAAAACAUCCAUCAAAUUGAAUGAAUUCCCAGUCGUUGCCAUAUCCAACUCUGAUGAUGGAGAGAAAUAAGAGAACGCUUCUGUUGUUGCUUCAUAUUGCAUUGCUUCAGGUCUUUGUUGUCCAGAUGGAGGAGAGUCCCACCUUUCCAGAAUACAACCUAACUUGCUACAAUGACUACAGCGACAUAGUAGACUGUGUGUGGAAUAGAAAAUAUGAGUCUGACCACACAGACAGCUGUGCAAUACAUGCUGAAAUGUUACACGGCAGAAGGUUACGGUAUACAAGCGACUGUACAAUGAAAGUCACUGACAGUUCCAAACCACAGCUUAACACAUGUAACCUGGACUUCAAGUCGUUUGGCAAAAUCAGUACGAAGAGUAUUGUGUGGCUCAGUCUGAGCUGCAGCCGUUGGAACCAGAGUGUGAAGCUCAGAUACAUCCCAGUUAAUCACGUGAAGCUGAAGCCUCCAGAAAAACCAAGUGUUAAUCUAACCACUGUUCAGUGGAUCCCUGCUAAGCUCAGAAAACUUGGACUUGAAUUCCAGAUGCAGUGGAAACAAGAGGAUCAGUCAUGGAGUGAUCCCUCUGUGCAGAAGGAGAUGAAACAAACCAGAUGUAAUGAUAACUGUGCAGCAGAGCUAAACCCAGACACACUGAUACAAGAUGAGAGCUACAGGGCACGUAUUCGAGUAAGAACUGAAAUUCCCUUGGCUACCGGUUCUUCCAUCUUUUCAACAUGGAGCGACUGGAGCCCCACUGCAUCAUGGGUGUCACUUGUAGGAAGAACUAAACAAAAAUCAGCUAAAAGUGGACUUGGUGUCUGGGGGAAGAUCGCGGCAGCAGCUGCUCCAUUUGCCUUGUUUCUGAUGUUAAUCUUUAAGACUGACAGAACCACCUGGGUUUAUGUGAUAAAGUUGAUUCGAGGACCACCCCUCCCUAAUCCAGCCAAAUCCAACUUUUUGAAGGAUGGAAAUGUUGAGAAAUGGCAAAGCUCUUUCUUCACCAGUGAGUCGUACCUUUCCUUCUUAAAACCUCUGGAUAUAGAUUCUGUAGAGGUAACCUGCGCUGUGGACGACAUCGCCCCAUGCAAACAAGAGCUGCUCUCCGUGGAAAAUAGCAUCAGGGAGUGCUCCCAGGAGUCGUCUAGUUCCAGCUUCUCCAACCCCAGUUACUCUCAGCUGUGUCCUGUCCGUCCCAUCUGUUCGCUCUCUGCAGGGAAUCUGGAGCCCUGCGCUGCAGACUCGCCUUAUGGGCCUGCAGGGGGUGACGGCCAAAGUACAAACCCACAACAGGGCGUGGAAAAGCAAAGAGGGAAAAACGUAGACAUCAUGCAGUUGCUUUCUAAAGCCAAUAAUCGUGAGGCUGUUCCGGUGAUCUCAGACUAUGAGAAAGUUGAGAAAGUCCAGGUUGAGUGCAACAGGCUGCAGAGUGUAGAUUCAGGCAUGUGCAGUGGAGAAGAGGUGAGUCAGGAGAGUCUGGAGCCGGACAGCAUCACACAGAGCCUCGAAGAAGAGCCAGAAAGCAAGAAACAGUGGGAGGAAGGGAAUGGAGACUGUCUUCAGAAGUUAUUUGGUCAUUCAAACAGUGGAGAUAGUUUUAAUAAAGGGUCGAUUGAGGUUUGCUCUGAUUAUGAGCAAGUCCAGAAGCUGCAGGUUGAGAUCCCUGAUGACAUGAGUGUGGAUUCAGACCAGGGUAUCAGCAGAGACCAGCAGCUCAGUCACCACCACAUCCUGUCCACUCCGUCCACAUGCUCUCGGUCUGAUCCUCCUACUGUCUUACUCUUACCCUCUUUCACCCCAUCAUCACUAAACUUCACCAGACCAGGGUCCAGUCCAGGUCCUGGACCACUGGCGGCUCUGAUAGACCGGACUGUGAUGUCACAUAACAGCUCGCUGGAGCCCUCUGCUGACGGAUAUCUGCCAGUGACGCAGGAAGAGAACUAACGUCACCAUGUUCAGAGGAGUAACAGUACGAUCCGCUGUGUUGUGCAAUAUUCUUUGUCAUUACAGCAUGUACUAUAAUAUAGUAACUAUAAUAUAGUGAUGUUUAUUAGAGUGACAGAUGAUAUAGAUUAACCAGAUACAGUGUUAGUCCAGAUUUGCACAUCUAAAAAGGUCGAGACAAGUCUCCAAAACUCAAAUCCAUCCACUCUUCUGCAGCAGGUAUCCUUUUUGAAGGGUUGUGCAUUAGAUGUAAUGGACUACUGCAUGUCAUAAACAAGUUUUUAAGAUGGUUACUGCUGUCUUGUUUUUAAAUAAGGCUGUGAUGAACACCUCUUACCUCAGAAAAAAAAAAAAAAAAAAAGAUUUUAACAAAUGUGACCUUUGAUGAAAGUUAGUACAGCCUGUACUCGGAAAGCACCUGUGGUUAACACUGCCCUCACUUUACCUUUGAAUACCUAGAACUAUUUGACAACUUCCAAAUAUUCUUUUUUUUUCUCGUACAUUUAACCUUCUCUAAGUGACUUAUCACCACUUAUCACAUCAUUCUCUGUAUUUUGCAUUUUUUAGUAAAAUGCAGGUAUUUUCCUGUAUUUCAUUUACUGAGCUUGUAGAUGUUCAUAAAAUCUCAGAGUAAAUUCAAAGAUUGUAUUAAAUUAGAGAAAAGGAAAAUGGACUCUUUCAGUAAAUCUGUCAUUACCUGAACAAUUCUCUCAUUCAUUCAACCCAUAAAAACCCAGUGCUGCUUUUGUGGCUGUUUCCAAAUGAUUUUUUUUUUCUCCAUAUUUAACCUU